ACAUGUUUCACCAUAGCGAAGUUGGAGAAGUUUGAAGUUGGUAAUUCCGGUUGGUAUUACGAUGGUUGUGCCGAAUGUACCAAGAGCGUCACUGUAAAAGAUGGCAAACUUAAGUGUUAUGCAAAUCACAUAAGUUCUGAACCCGUGCCAAGGUACAAGCUUGAAGUGUUGGGAGUUGAUGGUAAAUUCAAGUCCCGUUUCGUCUUUUGGGAUAGUGACUGUUUCAAGUUAAUUGGAAAAUCUGCUCUACAGAUGAAAAAUGAAUUAGUGGAGGCCGGUGAAGACAAUCCGUUAGAAUUCCCUUUUGGUCUUGAUGCUAUGUUGAAGAAGGAGUUGGCAAUUAGAGCUGUUUUUCAACCGAAAUUUAAUCGUCUUUCGGUUAUUAGCUUUAAAGACGAUGAAGAUUCACGUAAGAAAGUUAAGGACACCUUCAAGUCUCAUGAGGAUGUAUCAAAAAUUCCAAUUUCAUUGUCUUCCUCACAAGAUGAUAUGAAGAGUUUAUCGGAACCUUUAUCUGUAUCUGCUGAUUUCGACCCCAAUGCUGCGAAUUCUGUGAUGACCCCCUGUAAACGUAUAAAUUCUGAAGCGUCAGAAGAUGUUGAAAGUGUUCAACUUUCCUCUACGAAGACGAUGAAACCUGUAGAAGCUUUGUUCCUGUUAGAAUGGCUACCACCCAAACAUAAAGAUUUCCAACUUUUGUUAUAUUCUAACAUGGGUUCUAUUCUUCUUAAGAUAAUCUGA